GACAGAUGGGGCUCUUCAUUGGGGCCAGUAUUCUUACUAUACUGGAACUACUUGACUAUAUCUAUGAGGUGGUCAAAUACAAAAUCAAGCAACUCCUGAAACAAAAAAAGAGUCAGAAACAACAGAACCAACGGAACUUGAUCCAAGAGCAGAUCCAGAGAACAAAGAACCUGCGAGAACAGAACCUGAAAGCUCAGCUGGCAGCCGGAACUAUAGCUACAGUCCGAUUUGAAGAAGUCAAAGUCAAGGCAGCUAAUGAAGUAGCUCAACCGCACAGUGCACAUCCAACUUCAAUAUUACCAAAUCAUCACAAUGCACAAGCAGUCGUACAGCAGGAUUUUGCUUGUUAAGGGACAUCUCUUCUUCUCUGUAUUUAUUUUUCAUAUCACUGAACUUGAAAUUGGGAUCCUGAAUGGACCCUGUACACUGAAAUACAAAUUUCAUUUUUUCCACUUAUAAAAGCUACAGCCAAAGCCUAAUCCAGGACCUCGUGUGAAACCGGCUCAAACCAGUCACACCGUCACUGUUCUCAUUGUUCAAGUCAAUACCAGAUUAA